AAAAGGAAACAAGAAUGUUGGAAGCUCCUUGGGAAGGAAAAGAGGUAAUACAAGGAGAAAAACCCAAUUACCACUUUCAUAAUAAGCUUUUUAUGCGUUAAUAUUAUGUGCCUCCUCCCCCGGAUUUGGGGAUAGGCCCUUGCCCAUGAGAAAUUAGGGUUUUCCCAGAUCAGAUCUUCAGAAGUAAGUCAACAUAAGCUCCCCUCACUUUCAAACCUCGAUUUUUUCCCGUUUUCUUGAAAUAGAGUUUAGCAGAUUUAUCAAAGUUCAGACUUUUUUGCGCUUUUGGGGUGGGGAAAUAGAACGCGCAAAUCUGAGCUGCCAAUGCGAUUGUUUCAUCGAAAUUGCUCGAUUUUUCGGUGGGUUUUUGGGUAGUACAGGAAAAGUUUAAGUCUUGUUUUGAGCUCGUCAAUGUCGUGGGCAGGCCUGGAAGAUGUUUACCUCUCGACUUCUCUUGCUAGCUAUCUUGAUACUUCUUGUAUUACUUCGGGAUGGCCGAAAACUGUUAGGGACUCUUCGUUCGUUUGAUCAAUUUGCUAAUGCUGUUCUGGAAGGUGCAUGUGAGCGUGUUAUUGUUGGUGAACUUUAUUGUGACAUCCCACUGGGUCUGUAUGUAAUCCGUGGGGAAAAUGUUGUCUUAAUUGGGGAACUGGACUCGGACAAAGAGGAGCUUCCUCCUCACAUGACCCGUGUCUCAACUGCAGAUAUAAGAAAGGCACAGAAAGCCGAUAGGGAAGCUUCGGAACUGAAGGGCACCAUGAAAAGGAGGAUGGAUUUCCUUGAUAUGGAUUAAUGUAACUACUAGUCUGUGAGAUCCCAGUUCGCCAUUUUGGUUCAAGGCCAUGCAAUGACGUCUGCAAAUAUUAUAGCAGAUGCUGCGUGCUGGAAAUACUAUGUUACUCUACCGGAGGGUCAUUUAUUAUUGCUUUCUUACCGAAAUUCACAAUUUAGACAAGCAAGAUUGAGAAACUGAUGAUUAGUUUUCAUUUUAGACUUUUUAAGUAUGAUUUGUGCUAUCUUUAACUUACUGAUGCCCUACAAAUUUGGAUUAGAUGGUGAAAGGUUAAGUAUCUGAGAUCUUCCAUAGUGUUUUGUUUCAGGAAGACUGUCAGAAUUUGGCUCAUUUGUAUAGUCAAGUAGGGUGGGUUGUUGGCAUUAUGUUCUUUGUAGUCCAAUAUAAUUCUUGAAUGUCAUUUGCAUGAAACUGUAAAAUUUUCUGCCUGAAUUUGAAAUAGAAAAUUCUGAA